UCACCUCCACUUUUAUGUUGGUAACACUUCUAACCUCAAUCUGUCAAAAAACAAACGUCAAUAAAUUAUUUACAUAUUUUCUUUAAGAAAUUUUCCAUUUUCUCAAAAACAAUGAUGAACCCCCAAACAACAUUUGGUAUUCAAAGCACAGCGGGUGCAAUUCCCAUCAGAAAUGAAAAAGGUGAAUUAUCGAUGCAAAAAGUUAAAGUGCACCGAUACGUAUCGGGAAAACGACCGGAUUACGCUCAAGACGGUGAAAGUUCAUCGGAAACAGACGAGGAAGAUUUCUUAGAUAAAAGAAAUCCGGCAACAAUCCGAGAACAAACUCCCGAACGAGAACAAAGCGACGAAGAAAAUUUGAACGAUCCCCGUUUACGUCGAUUAAAAAUCCGCGAGGUUAACACAGAAGUUCGACCGGAAAGACGACGUCAUGUAAUCGAACCGGAAGUUUUAGAAGAAAGCGAUAGCGAUUCCGAUGUACCGCUUCAUCACAAUCAUUUACCCGAACCUAAACACACUUUAGAAGCCCCCGAUGACGAAGAAUCCGAAGUGGAAUUAAGCGACACCGAAAUCGAAAAGCGACGUGAACUAUUAAAACAAAGAAUUUUAGUAAAACAAGAAGAACAAGAAUUUUUAGCAAAAGAGGAAGAAAAAUCCGACUCGGAAUCUUCAGAAAGUUCCGAAUAUGAAGAAUACACCGAUUCGGAAGAAGAAACCGGCCCAAGAUUAAAACCUGUCUUCGUUUUAAAACGAGAUCGAAUCACCGUCAUCGAAAAAGAAAAAGAAGCUUUAAAACAAAAACAAGCGGAAGCCGAACAAGCUAAAUUAGCAGAAGAAAGAAGAAGGCAAACACUAAGAAUGGUCGAAGAUGCCAUCAGAAAAGAGAAUCAAGCUAAAGAUAAAGACACAAACGAACCACACAUUAACGACGUUUGUACGGAUGAUGAAAACGAUGAAGUCGAAUACGAAGCAUGGAAAUUAAGAGAAUUAAAAAGAAUUAAGAGGGAUCGUGAAGAACGCGAAGCCGUUGAAAAGGAACGUUUAGAAAUUGAAAGAUUAAGAAACAUGACGGAGGAAGAACGAAGAUUAGAAUCGAGAUUAAAUCCGAAAAUGGUUACAAAUAAGGCGAUUAAAGGAAAAUAUAAAUUUUUACAAAAAUAUUAUCAUCGCGGUGCUUUCUAUUUGGACGAAGACGACGAUGUUUAUAAAAGAGAUUUCUCACAAGCAACAUUGGAUGAUCACUUUGAUAAAACAACUCUUCCAAAAGUGAUGCAGGUGAAAAAUUUUGGUCGAUCUGGAAGGACCAAAUACACGCAUUUAGUCGAUCAGGAUACGACGCAAUUCGAUUCGCCUUGGGUUAGCGAAACGUCGCAAAAUUUAAAGUUCCAUUCGACACAAGCCGGAGGGGUUAAACAAGUUUUUGGGAAACCGUCGUCGAAAAAACGUAAAUUGCAACAAUAAAUAAUAACAAUUAGGAUGUAAUUGAUUAUGUAUUAAGUGAAAAUGUAAUAAAAAGAAUGGUUUUUAUUAAAAUUAAAACGUCAAA